AUGGUCGGCGCCAGUCGAACCGCGCCGAAUCACGUCCUUCGGCUUGUCGUCGUCGGCGGCGGCGGUGUCGGCAAAUCGGCGCUCACCAUUCAAUUCAUACAGAGAUACUUUGUGCAGGAUUACGAUCCGACAAUCGAAGACUCGUACACGAAGCAAUGUUUCGUCGAUGAGGAUUUGUGCAAACUCGAAAUUUUGGACACGGCCGGCCAAGAGGAGUUCUCGACGAUGCGCGAGCAGUACCUGCGAACCGGCAGCGGAUUCCUCAUCGUGUUCGCGGUGACCGAUCGCAACAGCUUCGACGAAGUGAAAAAGCUUCACGAGCUGAUAUGUCGAAUCAAGGAUCGCGACGAUUUUCCGAUUCUGUUGGUCGGCAACAAAGCGGAUUUGGAGAACGAGAGACACGUCGCCCGACAUGAAGCCGAAGAAUUGGCGCAUCAGCUAUCGAUUCCUUAUAUGGAGUGCUCGGCGAAAUUGCGGCGGAAUGUCGACGAGGCGUUUUUCGAGAUUGUUCGCCUCAUCAGAAAGUUCCAACACGACGAACGACACGGACCAUCGCAUGACAGCGAGGAUCGCAAGCUCGAUUCGCCGGUGAAGUUGAAAAAACGCAAAAAUUGCCGAAUUCAAUAG